AUGGUUCCUUACUUUUCGUACCGCGGUAUCGAGUCGACAAUAGCGCCAGAAAACCGCGAAAGUAAUAUGAGUGGUGUAAGCUUUUUGACCGCGGUGAAAACUUUCACCCCCGGUGGGAGACGUCGUCGUCGGUGUGAAAAACAACAAAAAUUAUUGGAAUUACCCCCAAUGGGCCAUUGCAGUCUUCACCCUGAUGUUAGCCGAAAAAGGAAAAGACUGAACAGAAUGCAAAUGGCGCGAUAUCACCCAGCGGUGAGUCGGCGAACCAAGGCGCGAACCAAGGAAACCAAGGUUUGGGGUCUGGACAAUUGGGGGAUCAGAAGCCAAAUAGGCCAAGUACCCUCGAGGCCUCCCGAAUGCUUACAAGGAGUGGAAAAAGGUGUACUCCAGCCAACAGCAGAAGAACAACAAGCAAUCGAUAGGUACAUGUCACCCCUGCCACCUCAAAACACCCUGAUGUUAUCGGAACUGCCGGAACCUCCGAUUCCGUUGAGCGAAAUCGGACCAAUUCCACCACCCCCAAUGUUCAGUUCUCCGAGUCCUACUCCUCUGGCUCGUCAGCGUCAGCAGAAUCUUCCUCUUUCUGACUGUGAGGACGAUGAUGAUGAAGACAUAGACGUGGAAGAUGACGAUGACAGCCUGCGAGUCUUUCGUUACGCGCAACCAGAUCCUGCAAUAGACACCUCAAGGGUGGAGGAGAUUCCUGCAAAGGAGCCCAAAUUUCAUGCGAUGCCUCUGAAGAGCGCGUUGAAGAAGAAAGGCCCGAACAGCGGUCCUGGGACACCUCAGAGCACUCCAACCCAAGAGAACAGACCACUAACCCUUCGUCAGGAGCUCCAUGCAUCCUUCAACAGUCGACCAGUUAGGUUUGGCCUCGCUUUGCCCUGCACUCUGGAGAACAAAGAAAAUGCGCGUCCGUAUGUCAUCAGAGAGGAUUCUGAUGGGUCCGAUGAUGGACAGGUUCUUUAUCGGGAUGACUAUGAUGACGAUGAUGAAAAUCGGCUGGCGGCUAAAAUAGCGAGGAAAGAAUCGCUUUCAUUGAAGCUUGCGUUAAGACCGGACCGACAAGAGCUUAUCAAUCGUAAUAUUCUUCAAAUACAGUCUGAUAAUGAGAGACAAGAGUCUAAAGAAGCGAUUGGAGCACGACUUAUCAGGCGGCUUAGUAUGCGGCCGACCCAAGAAGAACUCGAGGAACGGAAUAUUUUAAAAAAACAAAGCCCUGCGGAGGAGAAAAAACAAAAGGAAGAAAAGAAGAGAUAUUUAUUAAGAAAAUUAAGUUUUCGACCCACUGUUGAAGAACUCAAAGAAAAGAAGAUUAUUAGGUUCAAUGAUUACAUUGAGGUGACCCAAGCUCACGACUAUGACAGGCGGGCCGACAAACCGUGGACACGGUUGACACCAAAAGACAAAGCAGCCAUUAGGAAAGAGCUUAACGAAUUUAAAACUUCUGAGAUGGCUGUUCAUGAAGAUAGUCGACAUCUCACACGG